CACAGUGGGAGAAAGAGACAAAAGUUUGUGAGAGUUGGUGAAGGAUCUUUCCCUGAUCAUCAGUGUGUGUCUCAGAAGAGUGUGUUCAGCAUGGACAUGGAGGAUUUCCCACCUCCUCCACCUGACCUGUUGGAUGACGAAGAUGAAGGUGAGAAGUUUGAGUUUGACAACAGUGGUGAUGAAGCCCCCGAGGCAGAACGGCCACCGCCUGAACCUGAGGGAGUCGUCAUGCCUCCACCCUUCUCAUCAACAGCCAGGGACGCACCCGUAAAUGGAACAAGUCCAAACCCAGAGAACUUACUCACCGCAGAGGCUCAUCUGCCCCCUCCACCUCAGGGUUGCCCCAAUAAUAUCAGCCCUUUGGCACAUGCACCCUUCCCACAGUGUGAUCUACCACCUCCUCCCAUAGAGCUGUGUCAGAAUGCAGCAGAACGCCAGGACAGACUCCCUCCUCCACCAUCAGAGGGCGCCAUUGGAGCUGCUGUUGACAGCAACCAGGACAUGAACAGAGGUGCCGGUGUGGUUACCACCUCUGCGUCCAACUCCAAGCUCAAAGUCAGCCCCUACUCUGUGAUUGACAUCGCUCCUGUCCAGCAGCAGUUGCUGUCAGAGCAGAGCGGCCCUCCCUCCUCUCCCCCAGCCAUUGAGAGUGAAAGAGGCGUUCAGGAUGUACUCAGUAGCCCUGGGUUGCCCCCUGGGUAUUCAGUGCCUGUACCCUGUGGUUAUGCAACGCCCUCAAAUGUGCCGGUGAUCCCACCAACCUACACCACCCCAGUUAUCAUCCGACACUUCUCUAUGGAUGAAGAUGUGACUGUGGUGGGAGCAGGAAAUACUCCAGUGGACAGUGUUUUCAGUGAAGAGUGUCCAGUCAUCAGAGAGGAAGAUGCUCUUACUAAGUGGGUGUCAGACCCAGCAAACACGGCCUGGAUGGAGAGUCCGGAUGAAGUGAUUUAUGAUGAUGUGCCAAGAGAGAACUCUGGAUCAACAACAGACCCAGAUGAGAUGAUCUAUGAUGAUGUUGAGUUCGGGGAAGAGGGCGGCAGCAGCUCUCUGGACAACGGCUGGAGCUCCAGUGAGUUUGAGAGUUAUGAGGAAGCCAGUGACACAGAGAACGGACAUGGAGAGAAUGGCCUCCCAGACGCUUUUGUCAGGGGCCGUACACCCAGCAGGAAAACUAAUCUGUCUGAAGAUCUGGUGCGUUUGAAAGGGCACUAUGAGAGAAAGAUGCGAGAUCUCAUGGCAAACACAGUGGGGACAGUAGAGCUACAGCAGCUUAAACACAAACAUGAGCAAAAGAUGCAGCGACUCGUAAAAGCAGCCAAAGAUGGGACUAAAGAUGGUCUGCAGAAAACCAAAGACGCAGUGAGAAAGGGACGAUCUUUCAUCCGCACCAGAUCUCUCUGUCAUGAGAAGCAACCCAGCUGCUUUGAUGAAGAGUCAGAUCUGUUCAUCGAGGUGGAGUGUUUUAAUGUGGACCCGGUGCUGGGACCUGCACCUGAUGGGCUCUCUCAACACCAGGUGAUGAGGAGAUGCAUUCUGGAGAUGAUUCUAGAGAGUGAGAAGAAUUAUCUGGAAGCUCUGAAAAGAAUUUUAGAGCAAUAUGAGAAGCCGCUUGCUGAGAUUGAGCCUCGGUUACUGAGUGACCGCAAGUGCAAGGUGAUGUUUUAUCGGAUUCGGGAGAUCCUGCAGUGCCAUGCCCUGUUCCAGAUGGCACUGGCCAGCCGUGUGUCCGACUGGGAUGAGCUAGAAAUGAUCGGAGAUGUGUUUGUAGCAUCGUUUUCUAAGUCCAUGGUGCUGGACGCUUACAGUGAAUAUGUGAAUAACUUCAGCUUGGCGAUGGGAGUGGUGCGGAAGGCGUGUGCCGCUAAGCCCUGUUUCCUUGACUUCCUCAAGCAUCGCCAAGAGACCAGUAAAGACCGUCUGACCCUCUAUGGACUGAUGAUGAAGCCUAUUCAGCGCUUCCCUCAGUUUAUACUACUGCUGCAAGACAUGCUAAAAAACACGCCAGUGGGUCAUCCCGACCGUCUUCCGCUUCAGAUGGCUCUCACUGAACUGGAAACACUUGCCGAAAAAUUGAAUGAGAGGAAAAGAGAGGCAGAUCAGCGCUGUGAGAUCAGACACAUCGCUAAGGCUAUGAAUGAACAUUACCUCAGCAAGCUGCUGAGCAGCGGCAGCCGUUAUCUGAUUCGUUCUGAUGACGUUGUGGAAACUGUUUAUAAUGAUCGCGGGGAGAUCAUUAAGACAAAAGAACGACGAGUCUUUCUUCUGAAUGAUGUUCUCAUGUGUGCCACCCCCAACCGGCGCCCCUCUCAGGAUGGUGUGAAUGUGGGAGCUGGAGGUGAAGGUGUUCCCUCAGGACAGCGCUUCCUGCUCAAGUGGAGCGUUCCUUUGAGUUUGGUUGAGGUCGUAGAGUUUGGCUCCAGCGAAGAGAUGGGCGACUCCCGAUUUCCACCCUCGCACUCAGGAGAUAAAGUCGUCAUUAAUGCUAAACCUAAUAAGUUGUAUAUGGGUCCAGGGCAGCUUUACCAGGACCUACAGAACCUGGUCCAUGACCUGAGUUUGGUGAACCAGAUCUCCACUAUGAUCAGCAGUCUGAAGGGGAAUUAUCAGAAUGUUAAUGGGACAGUUGCUCAGGAUUGGGUUUCAGGUCUCCAGCGCCUGAUUUUUAAAAAAGAGGAGGAGAUUCGGGCGGCUGAUCGCUGUAGGAUACAACUACAGUUACCAGGGAAACAAGACAAGUAUGGGAGACCCAUGUUCUUCACUGCAGUCUUCAACACUUUGAGUCCAUCUAUCAAGCAAGCUUGGAUCAGUAAAAUGCAGAUGGCUAAAUUGGCUCUACGUAUGUGUCAUUUCCUGUCUCCAUAUCCUGUUUUGUCUAUAACUCUUCUAUGAUUAGAGAUCUAGGA